AUGGGUUUAUUCGAUAGAAGAAGAAGAUCAGACUCCUAUCAAGGAUUCAGCAAGUAUGCUCAUGACCUCAACACAUACCAUCAACAAACGCAACAUGCCGGAUUACCCGUAAACUCUCAAAAUGAACGAACAAAAUCCAUGACCAGUGCUGGACAGGCUGCUGCCGCUGCAUUGAGACUUCAUAGUAGUCCUGUGCAAAACAAUCCUAACCAAUUCAAUAGAACAGCUGCGCAAAGACAAUAUGGAGCAGUUGCAAGAUCAAAUUCAUUGAGUUCAAGCGGUAGAGCAAAUUCGUUGAGACAAUACACUUACAACCCACUGGCAUCAUACAACCCUGUACAAUCAAGAGUGGGCGUUUCGAGACGAUCAAAUAGUUUAACUGCAGCAUCACUACAAAGUAGAGGAAGUUUAACCAGAAGCAGCCAAUUGAGCCACAACCAAUUGCAGCAAAGGCACAGCAACCUUUACAAUUCGCAACAAAAUCAAAAUCAAAAUCAAAAUCAACACCAGCAACACCAACAUCAACAGCAACAGUAUGGUAGUUAUUUGCCUGAAGAGACCGAAGAUGAACUUUACUAUGACCACAAUGGUGAACACAUUUCAGGACAAAGAAGAGCAGCAGGGGCAAAACAAAGAGCAGGAAGUCUUGGCAGAAGGGGAAAUGCACGAUACGGCGAUGAAAGGUUAGUGGGCCAAGGGGAAGAGCAAGGUUUGGAGGAAGAAGAGCAGGACAACGACGAAGAAGAAGAAGAAGAAGAAGAAUUUGUAGUAACUACUACAACAACAAAAGUUGUUGAUGCUCACGGAAGAGUACAAUCUAUCACUACAAAGACAAUUAAGACUUUCCCAGAUGGUUCAAAUAUUGUUGAAACCUCUACUAAAAACAUUUCCAGAAGCAAUUCAAGAAACAACUCGCUUAGCUCAGCAAAUUACAGAAAUAACUCAUUAACGCAGAUACCCAUCAGUUUGAGCAAGAUUGACGAAGACUUGCAAAACUUUGAUUAUGACUACCAAGUAGAUGAACCUGAGUCGAGAGGAAACGCACUCAAAUUGAAUACUGAUGAAGAGCAAAGAAAUGGUGAAAACUGGACUGGAGGCGCAAGUGGAAUUAAUAAUGGGAAUGGGAAUGGUAACCUUGAUAGCAUUCAAGAAACAACAUUUGAUGGCGAUGAUGAUAUUGACGACACUCUCAAUGCUGACCAAGCAGCUCCACACCAGGCGUUGGGAGAAGCUUUUGAACCGCCCAAGGCAUUCCUUCCUUCUCAAGAUAGAACGUCUUCUUUGGACAGUCGGGGUCAACCAUUAAGAUCAAUUUUGAAAACAAGAGUCGAGGACCGCCCAACUGAAAGGGAAGUUGUACCAACAUCUCCUUCUGCGAAACAGAACUCAGCAGCAGCGGCUGCAUCAGCUGCAUCGGCUGCAGUGCACGCAAACUCUCCAAGCAAGCAACCCCAAGCCUCUGCUUCGAACCACCCAUAUAAGAAUUUGGCUGAUACGACUUCACAGCAACAACGUUACGCACCACAACCACCACCACCACAACAACAACAUUAUCAACAACAACAUUAUCAACAACAACAACAACAGCAGCAGCAGGUUAGAACAUUGAGAUCUCCAAGGAGUCCUUUGACAAAUCCUGCUAGUGCACCUUCUCCUAAAGUUGGCCUCGCAGGACGUUUUACUUCUCCCUCUCAAUCCAGGGAUAGAACUAGCUUUGGUCAAUCUUCGGGAAGUUCAAUCAAGUUCGAUGAUCAUGUAGAAACAAUUCCUGUUCCAGUGAAUAAAACCAUCUCUACAGGAAAUUCGACAUCUUCACCUCACCAACAUAUUUCAAAUAAUAAAUCAAAAACUUCUUCAGGUACUAGAACAUCUAAUACGGUAUCGCCAGACUUUUAUGCGGCUGCAAUGCAAGCGGCAUACAGAAACGUUUACGGUGAUCGUGAUCCUGGUCAAGUGCCACCACCACCACCAUCACAAACAGAAACACAAACACAAGUACAAACACAAGCACAACAACAACCUCAACAACAACCUCCAUUACCACAAUCAUCUAGUUUCAACGCCGGUGCUCCAACACCUAAUAUGCAGCCACAGCAAUAUGAACCACAACAAGAGAAAAAGAAGUUUGGAUUUUUAUCAUUGAGUCCAAGAAAACAGCGUGCUCAAUCCAGGGAUUAUUCGACUGAACAGCAACUGCAAGUUGUAACUGGAUCUCUCGCAGCACCUCAAUCGGCACCUGCGACGGCAUUGUCUCCAGUUCAAAACAAUAAUGUUGCUGAAGAAGGUCAACAGAACUCGCAGCCAGAAGAAUUACAAGGCGUGGGUGGUGCAAGUGGUACAAGUGGUGCCGGUCAAGCUGUGCCAGCAAAUUACGAAUAUAGUAAUCACCAUGAACAGUUUAAGAUGUAUUCCAUGAGGGAUGCGCCUGCCGUAUCAGCCAAUCGUAAAGAACGUGCCAAGGAGGAAAAAAGACUUGUUGAAGAACGUGAGAAGGACAAACGUAAUAAAGUGAAAGAACAAUUGAAGGCUAAGGAAAAUGAACAGAAAAGAGUUGUUAAGGAACAUGAAGAGGAGGAGAAGCGAUUAAUAAAAGAACGUGCGGAGAAUGAAAAGAGGGCCGAGAAAGAGUAUGCGAAAGCCGAAAAACAAGCUGAGAAGCAAGCGCAAAAGGAUGCAAAAGAUGCAAAGGAUGCAAAGAAGAAGGAUAGAAAGUUGUUUGGUGGUUUAUUUGGAAAGAAAAGACGCCAAAGUCAACUGGAAACCAUUGCAUCAAAAGAAGGUGCCAACACAAAACCAAGUAUUUCGGAGCCCGUUGAUUUCAAACACGGUGCAUUUGCAUCACCAGUCAUUGCUAGUGAUGUCGCUGGUACUGGAGUUAACGCUAGUGCUGGAACUGGAACUGGUAUGGAUACAAAUGGGGCUAGCAAACCUGUUAUUGCUAAUACCACUAAUAGUAGUGUCCAACCUGCUAGGACGCCACCUACACAGACUGUGAGCAAAACUCAACCAGUUGGAGCAGUUUAUAAUACGCAACCGCUUGAGCGUAUUACGACUCCGCAAAAACAAGAGGUUGUGAAGGAGACAAAUAAAUCUGUCGCAAGUCCUGGUCAAAAGUCAUUAGAUCCACGGUUGGCAAGUCCACAGCCUAUAGUAAAUGACACUACAUCAGUCAGUGGAUCAAAAAAGCAACCGACAGCAGUAAAUGAAACCGAUGCAACUAUUUCUACUACUGGUGUUAGUUUGUCGAAUGAUACUCAAUUGAGUGAGCCUGCUUAUUUGAGUCCUGCUGUUCCAAUCGUUGUAAAUGACGAGUUUCGUGGUUCUGGUCUGGAAGAAAGUGGUGAUGCGUUAGAUGAUGAAAAGUUUUACAAAAUUUCUGUGCCAAGAAACUAUUCACAUGAGGGCCAUCACGUCGAAGACGGUGAUAAAAUUGAAGACAAUGAAAAACCAGCAUUAAACGAAUCCGAUUUGGGAAGUAGAACUGUCCCUACUCCUGCUAAUGCUAAUGCUAAUGCUAAUGCUAAUGCUACGGCUAAUGCUCCAGCUUCAUCCUCGACAGGUCUCGCAUCUACGACGAUUCAGAGUGCAUCGAAUACCCCACUUCCAGAUCAAUAUUACCCACUGCCAAACUUGAGCAGCAAACCGAGAAACUCAGUUUAUGAUGCUGCUCCUGUGAUUGCUGCUGCAGGUAUUGCAGGUGUAGAAGCUGGAUCAAAGGCAGAAGAGGGACAUUUUGGUGCGACCCAAAAUAAAAAUGAUGAUGUGUCUCGAGUAUCGGUUCCACAGUUGAAUGAAAUCAAUGAUGAUGAUGAUGAUGAUGACAAAGAAGAAGAGGAAGAGGAGGACCAUUCUACUAACGAGCCAUCCUUUAAAAGCUACGAACACCUUUCAACUGCAACUGAUUUGGGCGAAAAAAAUGGUGAUGGUAAUAAAGAAGAUUUAGUCGCAGUAAUUGAUGAAGGUUUGGUUCUGGUUGAGGAUGAUGUGCCACCACGUGCAGAUGUUGAUGAACAUGGAACUCCCAUAAUCAGCGGAUCUCCUAUUUCUGAUCAAACCCUUGAAGGUGCGGGAAUAGUGGAUGCCAUAAUUGUGGAAGAGCCUGUGGUUGAUGGAGAUGUUGAUGAUGUUCCACCAAGAAAAGAUUUGCCACAAGAUGAAGUGGUUGUUCCACCUAGAAAAGAUCUUGACGAUUUGCAAAAUCAACAACAACAACAACAACAACAGCAACAACAAUAUCAGCCUAAACCAAAUUUUCAAGAAAAUCAGCAACAACAGCAGCCUCAACAAUACCAUCAUAAUGAGGUCAAGUCGCUGGCAUUUGUCAAAAAGAAUGCACCAGGUGUUACAGCACCAAAGGUAAACGAGAGUGUUGCUGGAUCACAGUUCAUCAAGAGAGAUGCACCAAAUGGAAAGCAGAUAAAUGGUAACAAGCAGUUUAACAACCUUGCUUUAUCCAAAGAACAGCAACAGCAACAGCAACAGCAGCAGCAGCAGGUGCGAUCCACUCAAACACCUCAACAACAAGAUACUUUUUUAACUGUUGACGAGGCUGAAAGAAGUACUGAUUCUGUGCAGGCCAGUGCUGAUACAGUGCCCACUACGCAAUCAACUCACGAUGCAGAAGCUCAUCAGCCAGUAGGCGCAGGCACGAAUAUUGGUGGUGUUUCUGGAAGCGGGGCGGGCAUAGAAGGAGAAGAUGUUGUUGUUGUUAAUGACAAGACAGGAAAGAAAGAGAAAGGCAAGACCAAGGAAAAGAAAGAGAAAAAGCCCAGCAAGUUUAAACAAAAGAUGAUGAAGUAUUUCGUAAACUCUUAUGAGGAGUAG